GUCGCCAUCAUGACGAAGCCAAAGGCCUCCGCCGAGAAGCCACAACAGGUGCCCAUGGUGAUGCUGUCGCGCGACGACUACACCAAAUUCAAGAACUCAGUCGUCACUGGACUCACCGAACUCCAAACCACCAUCGACCACUACAUCAGCGGUCUCCAAGCCAUCCACGGCGCCACCGGCGACCUCCUGAAGGCCUACAUCAACCACACCAACGCCCAACUCGGCGGCCACCCCGCCAGCGCCUCCGACCUCCCCCUCCCGGACUUCCUCAACAGCGCCGCCAUCCGCGCCGUCGACCACUCCGUCGUGGACGGCGUCGCCGGUGUCAAGCCCAAGCGCAAGCGUGAGAAGAAGAUUCGUGACCCCAACGCCCCCCGUCGUCCUAGCACCGCGUACUUCCUGUUCAGCGAGCAUGCACGCCCGACCAUCCGCAAAGACUUUGCCGAUGCGGGCAAGGAGAUCAAGCCGGCGGAAGUGAACGAAGAGGCAUUGCGACGCUGGCGUAUCCUGCCUGAGUCGGAGAAGGAUGUACGUUCUUAAUCCCCCCAAUCCAUCCGUCGAUCAUGCAGUUCAUCCAUGUUCUCUUGCUAACUAUUUUUCAGGGCUGGAAGGCAAUGUACCGUCAAAAUUGGGAGAAAUACGUCGCCGACCUCCGCGAAUACAACGCAUCCAUCGGCAAUCCCAUCGACGAAAUCCCCAGCGUCGUCGCCCCCGACGCCGACGAAGCCG